AUAUAUAUAUAUAUAUAUAUAUAUAUAUAUAUAUAUAUAUAUAUACUUACAGAUACACUAUAUUGCCAAAAGUAUUGGGGCACCCCUCCAAAUCAUUGGAUUCAGGUGUUCCAAUCACCUCCGUGGCCACAGGUGUAUAACAUCAAACACCUAGGCAUGCAGACUGCUCUCUUAGUUCCACACAGUUGUAAAAUAAUGGGUUGCUCUCAGGAGCUCAGUGAAUUCAAGCGUGGUACCGUGAUAGGUUGCCACUUGUGCAAUAAAUCCAUCUGUGAAAUUUCCUUGCGACUAAAUAUUCCACGGUCAACUGUUAGUGGUAUUUUAACAAACAGAAGCAACUGGGAACAACAGCAACUCAGCCACGAAGUGGUAGGCCACAUAAAAUGACAGAGCGGAGUCAG